GAGAGCUGCAGCAGAGAAACACUAGUCCAGCAGAGGCAGCCCCGGAGACACUGACGCUGGAAGACUGAGCUGAGACCAGAAAAGAAAAAUGCUGCCAGCAACUUUCAAACUGUGUGCCGGGAUCUCCUACAGGCAUCUGCGCAACAUGACCGGCUUGAGAAGGCAGGCGGCUGUUGCCAUCAGCCAGGAACUGAAUAAACUCGCCUUUGCUGGCCCUGGUCCCAGUAAAUGGAUCAACCAAGUUCGCAGGAGGAGCUCCUUACUCAGCUCCAGGUUGGAGGAGAAGCCCUUCAGUGAAGUGGAGAUGUCCUACAUUAAACAGGGAGAGGAAGCCCUCCAGAAAUCGCUCAGCAUCCUCGGGGACCAGGAUGGCUGGAAAACUGAGACCAUAGCGGGGAAUGGGGACAAAGUGCUGAGCAAGAUGCUCCCAGACGUUGGGAAGGUAUUCCGGCUGGAGGUGGUUGUGGACCAGCCCUUGAACUCUGUGUAUGAUGAGUUGGUGGAAAGAAUGGAGCAGAUGGGAGACUGGAAUCCAAGCAUCAAGGAAAUCAAGAUUCUCCAGAAGAUUGGGAAAGACACCGUGAUCACCCAUGAGACUGCUGCGGCCACGCCUGGCAAUGUGGUGGGGCCACGGGACUUUGUCAGCGUGCGGUGUUCUAGAAGACGGGGCUCUACAUGUGUCCUGGCAGGGAUGGCCACAAACUACGGAGCGAUGCCAGAACAGAAGGGAUUUAUAAGAGCUGAGAACGGUCCCACCUGUAUGGUUCUCCGUCCACUGGCUGAAAAUCCUUCGCAGACCAAGUUAACCUGGCUACUCAGCAUUGACCUAAAGGGCUGGCUGCCUAAGACGAUAAUCAACCAAGUACUCUCCCAGACCCAGGUAGACUUUGCCAACCACCUCCGCAAGCGUUUGGCUACCACAGCCACUCCAAUUGCUGUCAGCUGCUGAAGCAGUCACUGCUGCACCCUAAAGAACUAUUAACUUUCGGUGGCAUUUGCAUCUUCAGGGACAGCCAGAAGCCUACCUGAGGUUUAGAUUUCGCCUCAGAGGUGAUUAUCCCGUGUAGUGUGUUAUCUGAGACAUGCUUUGGGGCUUUUUUUGGGUAAACGAAUGGGUUCAGGUUUUUAAUGCCACAUUGAGUUCAACAAUGGGCACUUAAGCCUCCAACCACCACCCCGCUGGGCUCCCUUCUUAGCUGAACAUAUCAGAUCUGUUGGUGUAGGCAACCACUUCAAAAUCCCCCAGAAGGUAUGUUUAAGUGACUGACUGAAAAGGCUACUGCUCUGUGUGAUUACACAUAGGAGGAUUCAGUGUGGCUGGCUGUGUGCUCUGCAACAGCUUUUGAUUGUUUCACAACAAAACUACUUCUGAUCAAACAGGGGCCUUGACUUCAAGGCACAGAGUAGAACACUCAGCGAGAGCUCCAGCUUAACCCUCAGCUUCCACUUUUCUAUUUCCCUCAUAGGUACUUUACUGUACAGGAACACACUCUUUAGCCUUAAGAUCAGAAGUGAGUUACAGGUUUGGCAUCUUGCAAUAUCCCAAAAUCAAUCCCUGGGCAGAUCCU